GGCUGCCUGUGGACAAUCGCCAAUUCUGGUUCUUCUGACUUAGUCCAGAGGUCGUCCGACUAUACGUUUACUGCAACGUCGUCCCGUGAUUAUAUGACACCUCGAUGCAGCCGUUGACUUUGUUCGCAUUACUGGUGUAUUUUAUUUCAACUCCAAGAGUCCUGUGUCAGUAUCUCGGAAAUGAGGCCAAUUGCUUCCGGGUAAAGGAUUGUGGGGAAUGUAUGGGCGCAGACCCACGUUGUUCGUGGUGCUUUGAUGAAGCAUAUGACGAUACGAAAGAAGGCCCUGGUUAUCGAUGUGCACCCAUGGCAACCCUUCUUGAACGCGGGUGUCAUGCAUCGAAAAUCGAAAGCGUGAACUCCUCAGUGUUGCCAAGUUCAGCGCCGAGUCCUUCUCAAACGUCUUCCGGUGACAUCCAGCUCACACCACGUACCAAUUCUGUAAAGAUACGGCCAAACGACCCACUGGUCGUCAACUUUACCUUCCAAUCGAUUUCGGACUACCCAGUGGAUUUGUAUUUUCUCACUGAUCUCAGUUACACAAUGAGCGAUGACUUGGAGACUGUGUCUAAACUGACUAACGACAUUGUGAAAACCAUGCAGAGCGUGACAAAAAAACUCAAAAUGGGAUUUGGUGCAUUUGUUGAUAAGCCAGUUUUUCCCUUCGUUGUACCCACACCCGAGUAUUUGCGAAACCCCUGUCUGAACGUUGGAACCAAGGGUUUACAAUGCGAUCCACCUUUUCUGUUCAAACAUAUUCUGGGACUGACAGAUGACUAUGAAAAAUUCAGAGGUGAAACGAAAGUCACACGGCCAUCCGGGAACUUGGAUAGCCCUGAAGGUGGUCUAGAUGCCUUGUUGCAAGUAGCUCGCUGUGGGGACUUGAUUGGGUGGCGUUCGAGCGCCCGAAAGAUUGUACUGUUUGCGUCUGAUGGUGGAUUUCAUCUUGCUGGAGAUGGUCGUAUUGCUGGGUUGAUUCGUCCUCCGCCAACUACUUGUCAAGUGAAGUAUCAAGCGGACCGUUUCAAUCCGAGUCUGCUCUACUACGGUUGGCACACAGCUGAUCAGACAGAUUAUCCCAGCGUGGGAGAAGUCCUCACGGAAAAGGACAUCAGUGUGAUAUUUGCCGUGGACCAAAAGGUGAACUCGCUAUACACCAAAUUGGCCGAGUUUCUACCCAGUGCUGCCGUGGGCAUACUGACCAACAGCUCGACCAAUAUCGUUCGGUUACUGCGUGAUAAUUACGACAAAAUUGCUAACAAGGCAGAACUAAUGACCACUUAUGACGCAGAGUAUCUUGAUGUUCAAGUCUUUACCAGAUGUCACAACGAGAAAGAGUUUAGCAAGAAGACUGUCUGCGGUGAUCAUCCUGUGGGAGGACGCAUCGAAUACCAAGUUGCUGUGAAACCAAAACGAUGUUUUCCGGGGAAGAAACUAGUGAACUUGAAGAUGGUCGCGCUGGACGAUCAAGCCGUCCUUGAAGUGGAAUCUGCUUGCAGCUGUCCAACUUGUGACCAAAUGCCUAAACCGAGCUACGCAACUCAAGUGUCACCGCGAUGUCAAUCACACGGCUAUUUGCAUUGUGGCUCGUGUCAAUGCAUGGAUGGAUAUUUUGGUGACUUUUGUGAAUGUUCUACUGCAACCAGUGCCGGUGGUGAUGAAGCUAUGAUGAGACAAUGUACUAAACCAGGAGACAAAGAGAAAGCAGAACAAGCUGCUCUUGCUCUGACGCUCGACUCGCUUGGCAUUGAUAUCUGCUGUGCCUCAGAAACAAGAAUUCAAGUGAUUGAGCUAAUCGCCCCAUCAGUCUCUACUCGCUUCCGGCUACGCACCUCUGGUGAUCCAGAGGCUGCUGCAGCGGGAUGUGCAGGGGUUGGUAUCGUCCUAAGUCACCGGGGGAUACCUGGAUACCUGUUGGUACUCGCCCCUGUGGUUCGUUCGGCAACGUCUGUGAAGGAGUCUCACAAGCGGCAAGUUGAUAGAUGUCUGUUUAUUGUGUCUGCCUACGCCCCAAGCGACUGUAGAUCCGACGCCGUCAAAGACAGGUUUUACGACGCCAUGAAUGCCCUGCUGCAACGAGCUAAAAGCUAA